GGAUAACAAUUUUGGAAACUGAGCACCAUUGUCUUCCGUUCUCUGAGUUUUGAGUGGCACUGUGCGAAAAAAGAUUGGAGGGUCAUUAAUAAUGCCACAUACGUUCGCACCCGAUCCGAUGCUUCGCCGGCCGACAGUUCCUUCCUAGAUCCCAACACUUGCAGAAUUAUUAUCUUCUCUCAUGGAGUCAAUAAUAGCUCGAGCUCUGGAGUACACGCUGAAGUAUUGGCUGAAGUCGUUCAGUAGAGAUCAGUUUAAGUUGAGAGGGCGCACCGUGCAGCUUUCUAAUUUAGAUAUAAAUGGAGAUGCAUUGCAUGCUAGUGUGGGGCUACCGCCUGCACUGAAUGUUUCCACAGCCAAACUCCGAAAAUUGGAAAUUAUUGUUUGUACCUUAUCUACCUGGUUACGUUUUAAAUUUUAGUUCAUGUUCAUUUAUGGGAUGAAAAUGUAUAAGCGAUGUCUAACAUAACUACCUUGUCUACUUCUAAGUUCAAUUGAUUCAAAAGCUUGUGUCUUAUUCCUUAAAAAGUGUCUUAUUAUGUGUGAUCAUACAACUCAGGGGAAGGAGAAAUCAAAAUUCUUUUGAAGUUUUGAACAACCAUUGCAUCUGGCAACCAUUACAAUUGAGCAUUGGAUAUUAAAUUCCAUGAUGUGUGGGUUGGAAUAUGCGAUGGAUGUACUAUAGUGAUCAUUUAAGUACUUGGAUACAAGUUAAUUAAAUUGGGUCAUUCAUGCUCAACAUCUCUCUUGGAUGCAUUGCACACAAUAAGAGUGAUGAGAGGUUGUAGCAAGCGGUGAUGGAAAAAGAAAGAGACACAUGAUACUUAGAGAUCAAGAGAAAAUCCAACCUAUUAUCAUGGAUUAUAGUCAAUAAAAAUAUGAUAGGUCAAGGGAUCAUGUCUUAUAGCAUACAACAUCAUUGGAUGGAGAAAUAUAACAUAUCACAAUUGCAUUGUAGUAUUGUACUAAGGACUAGUUUGAGUGAGUAUCACUACAAUUUAAAUUUUGUUGACUUUCUUCUUUUGGAUUCUCAUCCUUUGUAUAAAAUGUAUAUAUUUUAUUUAAAGCUCCCAGCAGUAAGCAAUGUGCAAAUAGAGCCAAUAGUCAUCCAAAUUGAUAGGCUUGAUAUAGUUCUGGAGGAGAACAAUGAUUUUAAUACACCUAAUAGCUUUAGCAGUAGAACAACACUUUCUAGCUCCACAAAGAGUAGUGGAUAUGGUUUAGCAGACAAGAUUGCUGAUGGAAUGACUCUAGAAGUGCAUACUGUUAAUCUUUUACUUGAAACUCAUGGUGGUGCUGGACACCGCGGAGGAGCAACUUGGUAAUUCAUGUAGUGUGUGUUUAAUUUUCUUCUCAGAAAGCAGUUGACUAAGUUCUUAAUAUUGGAGGCACAAAGCUUGCAUUGGCUGCUGUAAGAUAGAAUACCUCUGGUGCAACUUUAGGGAAAAAUACAUGAGGGACUAGAAGUUAACAUUGGGGAGUAGAGACUUCCGCAAAAGGGUUGUCUCAAGUAUUUAGGUUCUAUAUCCACUAAGAAGGGUUGAUCGGGGACAACAUCACACAUCGUAUAAAGGCAGAGGUUAAAACGGAUGGCUAUCAAGGGAGUGAUUUGUGACUAGAAUAUCUCAUUAAGAAUGAAGGGAAAAUUUUAUAGGAUGGUUAUCUGACUACUUUUGAUGUUUGACUAAGGGUUGGAAAAUUAAGAUGGCGCAUGAGCGAAUGUUUGAAACUGCAGAGAUCAGGGCGUUGUGGUGAGCAUGUGGCUGUACCAUGUGGUCUUCCAAGAUGAAGUAGGAGUGGUUCCUCUUUAUUUUAAUAUAAAGAGAGGGGACACUGCAAUGACUUGGUGAUGUCCAUUGGAAAGGUCUGACAGCACUGGCCAAGGAUGGUGGACAUCAUUUUGGUUGGGGGGACAAGGAGUAGAGGCAUGGGAUGAGCAAUUGAGGCUGAAACAAACAGUCUUAAACCUCUGAUAGGGUUUGUCAGUUUAAAGCUUUGGAUUCCUUGUAGGGUUUGAGAGCAUUCAAUGGUGCGGACUUGGGGCUCUCUUGGCCAUGUAGUUAGGGAUUUGUUUGGUAGGCAUUACUUGGUCUUGUUUUCCUGCUUUCUUGUUUACUUACCAACCUACUUGUUUGUCUGCUCAGUGCUUACUUACUGUCGUAUUGUUUGCAAUUUCCCUUGAGGCUCUUUUGUUGUUUUGUAUUCACUUUUUUACAUUGUUUGCAUCACUUCUGGAUCGGGGGUUUGCAUGAAAAUAUGCUUUUAUUACUUAGGGUAGCAGUAAGGUAUGUGACUCUGUGUACAUCUAGCUCUCUUCAGAUCGUACCUUAGAGUGGGAUAUACUGGUUAUGUCUACUUUGGCUAUAAAGCUACUGUGGUAUAUAUACCUUUCAUAUUGUAAAUCCCCUUCCUCCACUGCCCCAAUGAUUUACAAUCUUUUCUGUAAAGAUUUCUAACUACUAUUUUGUCUUCUUUUUUUUAAUAACUAAUUUCUUCUAUUUUCAUUUUUAAAACCAUUUCACCAGGGCAUCACCUAUGGCAUCAAUUACUGUAAGAAACCUUCUACUAUAUACUACAAAUGAGAACUGGCAGGUUGUAAAUCUCAAGGAAGCCAGAGACUUUUCCUGUAACAAGAACUUCAUAUAUGUGUUCAAGAAGCUGAAGUGGGAAUAUCUUUCAAUUGACCUGUUACCACACCCGGACAUGUUCUCCGAGGCUCAUUUUGCAUCUUCUCAAGGGGGAUCUGAUAGGAAAGAUGAAGAUGGAGCAAAGCGUGUAUUCUUUGGUGGAGAGAGAUUUGUAGAAGGAAUAUCAGGAGAGGCCAAUAUCACCAUCCAGAGGACUGAACUAAAUGAUCCAAUGGGGCUUGAGGUUCAGCUACACAUUACUGAAGCUGUUUGUCCAUCUCUGAGUGAGCCAGGCAAGUACACUGCUCUGCAUGUUCUAUGCUACUCCCUCUGCCCCAAAACAAGAAUCCUGUUUGGGAACAUUGUGUUAUCUCAAAAGUGUCACAUUUAAACAAAAGAAGCUAAUCUUCAUUAUCUUUGGAGUUUUUUUUAAAUAAAUGAUUGUCCAGAACAAAAUGGGUAUGCUGAACUUAGGCAAAAUGACAAAAUAAAAUUCGAAAUACAGCGAUAUUUGAUGACUUUCAAUAGUUUUAUCUAACUAAAAUUUAAAAGUGGUACCACUGUUAAAAAAAACUCUUUAUGGAAUUGGGGAUUAUAGUUUUGGAUUUUGCCUUUUUUGGAGUGAAGUACCACACUUGCAUAGUAUCUUGACAUGAUACAACAGGACUAAGAGCUCUUCUCCGGUUCAUGACGGCCCUAUAUGUCUGCUUAAACAGAGGAGAUGUGAAUCCACAUGCCCACGAGGUAUGGCCUUAUAUAACUACUAUGCUUUUUAGUAGAUUUCACAACCAAAUAGAAUGUGUGAUGCCAGAUUCCCCUUUGCGGAGUUUUGUGAUCAAUCUUACUUUUACAUUUGCUCCUAUUUAACCCCACGUCUAACAGUCCAACUAGUAUUACAAGAUACUAUCUCUGUCCCACUCUUUUUGUCCAGUU